AUGUGGCGUGUUAACGAGGGCGAACCGUUUGGUUGGACGGGGUUGUGCCUUAAGCGCGGGAGGGCGGAUACACAACUACACACGGAAGGAAACAGCCCUCCCACGGCAUACACAGCAACGGGCAAUGAACAGACGCCACAAGGCAGAAACAGAAGAGGCACUGCAGUCGACGCCAAAACGGGGCUACAUGGGCCUUAUCAUGAGGAGGCUACAAAUCACCAGGAGCAGGCAACGCAGGCAGAAGGAAGCAAAACGAAGCCUCCUGGCGAGCACGAGCGCACUCGCUCGCUUACCACUCUGCGCGACGGCGGCCCAAAGCUCACUCUCAACCAUACGAGUGAAAGAGGACAGUGGUUCUAA